ACCAGCACAUGUUUAUUUCCGGCCAAAGCUCCCAUUGCGUUGUUUAUUUUGAAUUUAUAGUAUUUUGACCAUGUCGACAGAGCCAGCGGUGGCCAAGGAUGCAGUGCUGAAGCGCAGUGAGGCUCUGGCGGAGGACACGCCCCAAGUUCGAGGCUACGACUUCAACGAGGGCGUGGACUACAGUAGGCUCUUCGAGUCCUAUGUGAACACUGGCUUCCAGGCCACAAAUCUCGGCCUGGCCAUCCGCGAAAUCAACAGAAUGCUGGAUUGCAGGGACCAGCCACUGGAGGCCGAUCAGGUGGACAGCCAUGAGAGCGACGACUUCAUCCGGCGGAGGAGCAAGUGCACAGUCUUCCUGGGCUACACGUCCAAUUUGGUUUCAUCGGGCAUGCGGGAGACCAUUCGUUUCCUGGCCGAGCACCGCAUGAUCGACUGCAUUGUGACCACAGCCGGCGGCGUGGAGGAGGACUUCAUUAAGUGCCUGGCGCCCACUUUCAUGGGCUCCUUUGAGCUGAGCGGCAGGGAUCUGCGCGAUCGGGGAAUCAACCGGAUUGGCAAUCUGCUGGUGCCCAACGACAACUACUGCAAGUUCGAGGACUGGGUGAUGCCGCUGCUGGAUGAGAUGCUGGCGGAGCAGAAAGCCCAGGGAACUGUCUGGUCGCCGUCAAAGAUCAUCAAUCGCUUGGGCGAGCGCAUAGAGGAUCCCAGUUCUAUUUACUACUGGACCGCCAAGAAUCAAAUACCCGUCUUUUGUCCCGCCCUGACGGAUGGCAGUCUUGGCGACAUGAUGUACUUUCACUCCUUCCGGCAACCCGGACUCGUGGUGGACAUCCUGUCCGACCUGCGGAGACUGAACACCAUGGCCGUAAAGGCAGUCAACAGCGGGAUGAUCAUCGUGGGCGGCGGCGUCAUCAAGCAUCACAUAUGCAACGCCAAUCUGAUGAGGAAUGGUGCGGACUACUCGGUGUUCAUCAAUACCGCCUCGGAGUUCGAUGGCAGCGACAGUGGCGCCCGGCCGGAUGAGGCCGUAUCCUGGGGCAAGAUCAGGAAGGAUGCCACACCCGUUAAAGUCUAUGCCGAGGCCAGCUUGGUCUUUCCCUUGAUUGUGGGCGAAACCUUUGCCAAGCGACACCAUUGCGCCGGCAAAGAGUUGCCCCGAGAGACUAACCAAGUGUAAAUAUAUAUGCUAGAAAACAAGGACAACGCAAUCAACG